AUGGAGGCAACGAUAGUAUCACACCCAACAGGAAAUAAUGCAACGAUAUUGCUCAUGGGGUUGCGAAGAAGUGGUAAAUCCUCCAUAUGCAAAGUUGUUUUCCACAACAUGCAGCCGCUAGAUACAUUGUAUCUUGAAAGUACUUCAAAACCUACAAAUGAGCAGUUCUCCUCGCUUAUUGAUUUGUCAGUUAUGGAACUUCCCGGACAAUUGAACUAUUUCGAGCCAAAUUAUGAUUCAGAGCGAUUGUUUUCUUCGGUGGGAGCCUUGGUUUACGUCAUCGACUCCCAAGAUGAGUAUUUGAAUGCAUUAACAAAUUUAUCGAUGAUUAUUGAUUUUGCCUACAGAGUGAAUCCCAAGAUUAACAUAGAGGUCUUGAUACAUAAGGUUGAUGGAUUAAGUGAAGAUUAUAGAAUGGAUGCACAACAAGAUAUCAUGCAAAGAACAGGUGAUGAAUUGCUAGAUUUGGGUUUAGAGGGAGUUCUGGUGAGUUUUUACCUAACCUCCAUCUUCGACCACUCAGUGUACGAAGCGUUUUCCAGAAUAGUACAGCGAUUGAUUCCAGAAUUGUCGUCGUUGGAACAUAUGUUGGAUAAUCUCGUUCAACACUCAAAUAUCGAUAAGGUGUUUUUGUUUGAUGUUAAUUCAAAAAUAUACGUGGCAACAGAUUCACUGCCGGUUGAUAUACAAACUUAUGAAGUAUGUGCUGAAUUCAUUGAUAUAACCAUUGACUUGGAUGAUUUGUAUGUUGAAAGUGAACAAAGCAACAGCAAAACCGGGCUCAAAAGUGGUGGUGGCAGUAAAGAAUUGAGAUCGGUCAGUCAUCUAUCAAGUGGGUCUACAUUAUAUUUGAAGCAAAUGAUUAGAGGAUUGGCUUUGGUGGCUUUGAUUAGGAAUGAAAGCUCAAAUGAUACUGCAUCAGACACAGAAAAGUCGUUGACAAUCAUUGAAUACAAUGUUGAUUUGUUCAAACAAGCUUUGAUAAAGAUGUGGACUCAAAGCAAUCGCUAA